AUGUUUAAGAAGAUGAGGAACUUGGGAGUGGUAGUUGUGGUUCUCGCACACUUUGCUUUGCAUGGCAAUUCGGUGCUGUCACACAAAUUGACUUUGGCCACCAACAACCUUUCCAGUAGAUCAAGCUUCUCUAUUGUCUACGAGAAUUGCCGUUUAUCAUCAUCACAUAAUAAAUAGACAAUCUGUGUCACCUAUUUCACUGUUUCAGAACCAUUAGUUUUUAAAUUUUGA